UUGGAAGAAUUGCGUGGGUCAGUGAAGAAGGACGAGGGCAAGGGAGAGAGCUUUGUGCGUUCGUGUUUAUGCCCCUCUAGUGCGGACUCUGCCGUCGAGCCUCGGUGCCCUUACGGAGUCAUGGCGCCCUCUCUCGUUAUAGAGUAAUACCCGUUUUCGACAUUGUGUGCACUUCGGCUCUGCGCGCUAGUAUGUGGUUCGCUGGCUUGUUUGUGGAAGCGCCUCGGUGGGAGAGAGUUUGUGCCUGUGAGUGGAGGUGGUGAGCCUUCCCCUUGCCCGCGCCCGUGCUCGCGUCCGCCGCAGGCAUGGAAGUGGUGAACGAUGUGCUGAGCGUGAUGCAGGAGGCCAUGUGGACGGAGCUGGAGCGCGACCUGGUCCUUCACGUGGUGGCCUCUCGCUACUCGCACGACCAGCUGCUGCACGCGUGUCAGCUGCUGGUGGACUGGAUCGGGUGGCGGGCGGAGCUGGAGGACGUGGUGCAGACCCUGUUCGAAGGGAAGCACGAGGGCGUCCCAUUCCACAGGAGGAGGACCCCUGGCGCGGCGCAUGAGGAGGACGCGUCUGCUGGCUCCAGGGACGACGGCGCGGCGGCGGGGAAUCCUUUAGCGAGGAGCUCGGUGAACAUUACGAAGAACGAGCCUCGCGCAAACGCAAGAAAGUCUCGCAUUCCGAUAUUCAAGCGAGCGCUACCGACGGCCUCCGGUGCCGAGCCCGAGGGACGCUUUGUGGCAGCCACUCCGGCCGAGGCGAAAGAUGAGAGGGGCUGUUCAACCGCGGAGGCAACGACAGCCGGAUCUGAAAUACCUUGCACGAAAGGAACAGUGUGUGAGGGUCAUGAAUUGCAUGCGGGGCGCGAACACACCAUCAACAGUAAUACAAGAAUAAAAUGUGGGUGUUGCGCCAGUGUAGUAGAGGAGCUGUGUCAGGAAAGCAAGAGCGCAAGAUUUUCCGAUUCGGCGUCACAUCCUACGGAUAGAUUGUCCUGCAAGAGAGAGUCCUGUAGAACGGUGUGCGGUGCGGAGUCUUGCGGUCGCCUGGGUUUGGGAGAUCUUGGAGAGGAAUCCUGCAGCACCUGUUGCGCCUUCGAGCCCGCCGAGAUGGAGAUCAGCAUCAAGUCGUCCAUCCCGGAAGGCUGGGUAGUGCUGGAGGGGAGACACGUCGCCAUCCCGCCCGUCACCGUCAAGCUGUGGAAGUUGAUCACCACCUUCUGGGACAUUCUGCCGCAGUUCGUGUGCGCACAGGCGUCGUUCGGCGCCAGUGUCCAUGAGAAAAAUCACCUACAGAAGGAGGUGAAGGGCAUUAACAUUCUCCUAGAGCAGCUCAGUUUGCGUCUGAGCUGGAUGCUGCCAGCAAUCAGGAAGCAGCGAGACCUCCCGGUCAUGUACGAGGCGGACGUGAGCCUGGUGGACGAGAGUCUGGACGAGGACCUGGCGCAUAUGAAGACCUGGGUCGUCAGAGUGUACGAGGAAUGCCUUGUGGGGGAACUGGAUAUUCCUGAUUUGGCGGUAGGUGGGUCGCUGGGCUCAAGGCCCGAAUGCGAUUCUCCUCUCAACGGCAGCACUUACUCAGCCGUCUCGCAAGAAACGGAUUAUUUCGAUGUGUCGGAUCCGCUCCUGGCCGGGGAGGAUAAAAACAACAACGUCGAUGGAAUGAAUUACAACGACCCGGUCCCCAUUGUGCAGGACGAUCUUUUGUGUUGGUUGUGGCAGGCCGUGAAGGCGGACAUGGACGACGAAUUGACAGUGCAUCUUGUGGCCUCACACUUCACCCUGCAGGAAGUCCACCUGUCUCGGAAUAUUCUAACGUCAUGGGGGUUCUCGUUGCCGUACAUGAAGGGCGUGCGGGGCCUGCUUAUGGAGAUGGUGGGCGCGUUCCGGUCGGUCACCGACGAGAAUAACAACUGUGCCGUGAAAAAGCUUCCCAAGUUCGUGUGUUGUGACGUGACCAACAGGCCUUCCGUGCGCCCCAUGCGGUGGACCUGCAUGAAAAGGGACCUAGAAGUGCUAGGCGACAUGGCGCAGAAAUUAACCACGCGCAUAUGCUGGCUCCUCCCCGAGGCUCAGCGCUAUUCCGCGGCCAUGGAGGACGCGAAAAAGGGCUCCCUGGCGCCGCAGUUGUCAGCCACCAGCAGCACCCUGGCCAACCUGAAGACCAUCCUGGACUGGGAGCUGGGCGCCUCGCACCACCCGACGCCAGACGCCUGCGCGAGACCGAGACCCAGUUCGGCUUCGCAGUUCCCGCCCGCCGUCUUCCAGCCCGUCGUCCGGGACUGCAAGGAGGGGAGGGCGUUGCGAGGGGACGUGGUCAGCCUAGGGAAGCUACAGUCUUGGCCAGUCCAGUCAGAGGGCUUCUUGGCGGAGCCAUGGGGCGGGUGGCUCUGGGGGGGACCUCACGUGUACCCUGCCAUGUCCGUCGCGAGAGAGAGUGACCCUGUGCCGCUGUUGCCAUCCCAACACGAUGCCACAGAUCUACUGCAUCAUUGUCACCUUGUGCACAAUUUUGCUGUAGAACCUACAUACACGCCUAUCACGACGCCUCAGCCGCCACAGAGACCAUGGCUACCCCUUGCCGAGCCCGACCGAACCAAACCUUCAUGUAUAUUCACAGUGAUGUGCUAUAAUGUAUUAUGUGACAAGUAUGCAACACGACAAAUGUACGGGUACUGUCCGUCGUGGGCUCUGGAGUGGGAGUACCGCAAGAAGGGGAUUAUGGACGAGAUCAAGCACUACCUGGCGGACAUCAUUACACUACAGGAAGUGGAGACAGAUCAGUUCUUCAACUUUUUCCUACCGGAGCUUAAGAGUGAAGGAUACGACGGAAUUUUCUCCCCUAAAUCAAGGGCAAAACACAUGACAGAAAGUGAGCGAAAGUAUGUAGAUGGAUGUGCUAUCUUCUGGAGAACCAGCAAAUUCAGCCUGGUCAAGGAACACCUUAUUGAAUUUAACCAACUUGCUAUGGCCAACCACGAUGGAUCGGAAGACAUGCUGAAUCGCGUCAUGACUAAAGACAACAUAGGCCUGGCUGCGCUCCUGGAGACCAAGGAAGCAGCAUGGGAGAAUUCACAAUUGCUGCCAGAUAAAUCCCAAAUCAGCCAGCCUGUGCUAGUAUGUACAGCCCACAUUCAUUGGGACCCAGAGUUCUGUGACGUCAAACUCAUUCAGACAAUUAUGUUGAUGAGUGAAAUCAGACAAAUUAUUACACAAAUUGUCGAGGAUUCACAGCAUAGAUCUCGGUCUGGGCACAAGAUGGAUCCACACUCCAUUCAGCUUCUCUUGUGCGGAGAUCUUAAUUCACUUCCUGACUCAGGUGUAGUUGAGUUCUUGACAAAGGGAAAUGUGUCAAUGGACCAUGAAGACUUCAAAGGUUUUGGGUAUAAAACCUGCCUGCAGAAGAUUGCAAUGGCCAAGACUAAUAAUUCAUUAGUCAAUUCUAAUUCCAACAUCUACACCCAUUCUUUCAAGCUCUCGGCUGCCUAUGAUUUUAAUAUCAUGGCAUAUACCAACUAUACGUAUGAUUUCAAAGGAAUCAUAGACUACAUCUUCCACAGCAGUGAGACAAUGUCAGCUUUGGGUGUCUUGGGACCCAUUGAUACUGAUUGGUUUAAAGAUAACAAGGUGUUGGGCUGUCCACACCCUCAUAUACCUUCAGAUCACUUUCCUCUGCUGGUUCAACUUGAGAUGCGACCAGCAUCAGCAUCCAUCAGCCAACCAAACGGUCUCCUUCACAGGUAGCCUGUGGGAGACAUUCUCUCCACAACCACCAUUACUUUGGGGGGCAGUCCAUUCACCACAGGUCUCACUAGGAGACCUUAGAAUACCAAAUAGUUGCCAGCUCCACAUUGAAAACAAAGCAGGGAUUGAAUAUAGCCAAGUCACCUGCUAACAUUCACCCCUAAAUUACAUAUGGACACCUCAGGGCAGCCAAUAUGUUGUGAUGAUGGAAAAAUGGAAGUGUUAUAUUGAGCCAUGUGUUGGUUUGGUUGAUCUGCAGGGCUGCAGGUAAAAAGGGAGAAAAGACAUCAUCUGGUUGCCAGAGAAAGUUUAGGGCCCUUUUGAUAUGUAUUGUUUCUUGGAACAGUUGCCCUAACACCAUCCAGACCAUUGAGGCCUUGUUAAUGUGUUUUCAGGAGCACACACUACAAGAGCGUUUUGUGUGGCACUGUGACAGAUUUUUUCCCCUCUUCUCUUCCUCCAUAAAUCUAGAUGAUAGUCAAGUUAGGGGUGUCACGGUACAAAAAGCAUUAAGGUACGAGGAUUGUGUAUGAAUGGAUAUAUACUGCAUACUCUGGUAAAUGGGGCUAGAAACUUGUACAAAAAAUAUAGCUAAAAUGUAGGUCUGAUUAAAAAAGAAAAGAAAAAAAAAAAGACUGUUUGUGCCCCUCAACUCGCCUUUGGCUUCCAGGCUUGUGUGUGCUGCCUGAGGGAAGGGCACACGAGCUUCAGCCACCUCGAUCUCACUGUGUGUUCUGAUGGGCCCAGCUUCCCUACCAAUCUUCCACUUCCACCUCAACCCUUUCCAUCUCCACUACUUCUGUGCUCCAUUUAUCUUUCUGCUCCCCACAGGUCUCUGCUUUAAUUCACCAGCCUUUUUCUGUUGGCCUGGGACCAUCCUAAUAUCAUACCUUUUAUUCUGCAUCAGCACACCACCGCCACAACCAAAAACCAAUGCAACCAUGUGCAUUAUGCACUUUCACAACUCCACUAAUACUUCCAUCACUUGUUAUUUUCAUCAUCAUCAUCAUCAUCGCCAUGAUCAUCACAACACUGGGUGUAACACUUCUAAUAACAGCCACUCCAUCACUGUGUAACAGGCUGUUUUUUCCCUCUAAGCUUGCAGUAUACCAGAGUUCUUUUUCAGUAAUUUUAUUUCCUCAAUCAAGAACGUUCCCUUCAUCAGUUCUUACAACCACUAGAUUACAAGGUCAGAAUUAGGAAUUCCAAGAGUCUCCAAAUUUCCAUCAAUUGCCAAUGAGCUAGCUCUUCUGACACCCUGUGAUAUAGCACUGUGCAGCAUUCUGUCCUCAUCUCAGAUGCCACUGCCCCAUUCCACCCUCCACACUCCACUCUCACUUUCACUGGGCUGCUCCUCGUUUGUUCAUCAUCCGAAACACACUGUGAACAUUGGACAUCCAGCAUUCUCUUCAGCUUUGCUAUUCUGUUACUUUUCAUAUCUUUGUGUGUACCUGGGGAUUAGUUGAGAGCUUCAAGAUUCAUCAGCAGGUAUAUUUGGAUUUUGUGGUGUGCAUAUUUGGCAGAAGGAAAUUGUCUAAUCCUUAGUGCUUUUAAGUGUUACCAAGGCUGCCAUAAGAAGCCCUUACGUUUUUGCCAUUUUUGGUUGUAUAGGAUUUUAUUUAUGAAAAACAAAAGUAAGAAUACUCUUUUUAGUUACUGUUGAUGUAGCGUAAUAUCUACUGUUAGAUAUAAAAUUUCAUAAUUGUUUGUUCAUUUAGAAAGGAGCUUGAGAGAUUCUGUUUUGCUUUCAGUGAAAGAUAAUAUAAGAAUCUUUAUUAAAGGGCUCCUUCUGGCAAGACCUUAAGAUUUUAUCUAAUCUCUUCCAUGGUAUUGUAAAUGGAUGCAACUUUUUUAUGAUUUAUUGAUUGGACAUUUUAGUAGACUGUUAGAAUGCUUAAGAGCACCAAAGAUUGUCAUGUUUCUUAUACAAUAUUGGACCAGUCCAUUUGCAAAUCUUAAAAAUAUACGUGCAUUAGGCUUUGCAUUGGAAGAUAUCAUGCUUAAGUUAAAACCCAUAUUGAUUUUUGAUGUGAUAUAUAAUUUUACAAACCUUAAUGUUAUGAUCUACCAUCCAUUAUUUCAUUGUAUUGUUCAUGUAUGUGUCACUGGUUCUCUGUGGCAUUCCCUCCUUGCAACCCAGGGUGUCUGGUGCCAAGGUAGACCACAGCUGAGCAAAUAUCUGACUAGUACAGGAUAUUGUAGGAUCCACACAGCUGAUUUUAAUAUGUGAACAUUCAUUUUAUGGAUUUUAGCAUCAAGAGUUUUAAGUACUAAUUAGCUUCCAGAUAUUCUGGUAAAUGGUAAAUGGAAAAAAAAAAACACUAAAAUAAACUUGAUAUCUAUUAAUUGAAUGGUGAAAUUUGUUGUAUGGCAUUAUGGCUAAAUGUGAUUUUGCCAUUCUGCAUAUAAGUCUUCACCUGAGUGUAUGACUCUAAGUCAAAACCUGUGAAAUAUAUUGUCUUCAGGUACACCAUGUCAGACAUUUAAGUUCAGCUUUGCACUGUUUAAAAAUCUUUGGACCCAAUUCUAGAACAUCUCUUGAUUGUUUAAGAAUGUUAAAUAAAUCCAGCCAAUCUUUGAGCUUCAGGAAGUUGAGAUGAUUGUUUAAUUUUAUAACAAAAACUCUGAUAAAAAGAGAGUGAAAACAAUUCAACUCAUUGCAAGUGACAUUCUAGAGUUUGGACCUCAGUCAGGUUAAUGUGUACAUUUGGAAGACGGAGAUCUGUUCAAAAUUUGACCAUAUAGUGUAGGUGUAGUCAGUGAGUGGCUGAUGGACGCAUGUCUCCUCAGGAUUUUUUGACAUUUAUCAACUUUUUGCUGGCUACUCUCCACAGGAAGAGCUGUAUACAGUUAUUAUAGUUAAGAGGGAUAAAUCUUGGGAUUAAGGGAUAAGGUUUCAGUUGAAUGGAUGGUUUCCUUUGUGGUUUAAUAGUGGCUUCCUUGGUACUUCUUUUAUACACUUGGGCUGAAGACAGGGCUCUCUCCUUUUUUUAAUUUUUUUCCUUUCAUUUCUCUUUUUCGCCUAUGAAUAUUUAUAUUGAUUUCAUCGUUUGUGGAGGGUGGCCAGUCUCAUAGCCGAGCACCAUCCUUGUCCAGUGCCGGCAAAAUAAAAGUUGUAACCACCAGACGAUACUCGUUGGAUUUGAUUACUGUAUUUAAAGGUCCAGUUUUAGGAACUAACAUUUUCUAAAUGGCUCUAUUGCUUUAUAGUUAUGGGAGAAGGGAGGGGCUAUGCUUAGCUUAUUCUCAUUAUUAUGGUACUUGCUCCUAUUCCCCUUAAAAAUUUUAAUAUUUUAUAUAAUGACUGGUGUAAGUGAUAUAGAUGGUGAACUCUAUGGCGGUUAUGGGUUGUUUUAACCUAUUCUGAGGCUUCUUGAAGUACCUAGUCAGCAGAUCUUCGGGUAAACUCUGGUGACAGUUUGCAACUAUUCUUAAUAACACAGGCUACAAAUGACUGCCAUCAAAAUUUUGUCAACCCUAUGUUUGAGAUUUUCUAUUGUUAGGUCUCAAGUAAAGUUUUAUAUACACAUGACCUCUUAUAGAGGCUUAUGAACAAAUGUUUGACUGCUUUAUAUUUGUAGCCUACCUUCUUUGUUGUUUUUGUAAUGCAAAAUAUGUAGUGAGAAUGUUUGUAACUGGUUUUGGAUUAGAUGUGUCCUGUCCUUGAUAAACACUGGAGGCUAGUCUGCUCCAGUGAGUCCGCUUGUGCCGACUUGGUACACGACCGCCCCAAGGCCGCAGUCACAUCCACCCUGGUGGCCCACACCACAUCCCUCAUUCAUCACAAGGUACCUUUGUCCCGACCAUCUUAUUUUUGUAAAACUCACUGGAAUUCAUUCAUUCACUAUUUUACAUAUCAUUUUUCUACAUGGAGGAUGGUUAUCAGUGGCCUCUUUAAAUGGUCAACAUUGUCAACAAUAACUAAACUGUUAUUGGGUUCAACUUCUGAUUGAUUUACUAUUUAAAAAGUUCAUUGGAAAGCAAAGAUGUACAGUUGUUUUGUAAAACCUUUUAUUCACAGCAGAUGUGCAGCAGGGAUAAGCAGAGGUCAUUAGGUUAACCUGUCCAUUAGGUUAAAUAACUUGCACAAACCUUGUUCUUUCUCAGCCCAAGUUAGGUUAGCAUUUCUUUGAAUAUUAUUAUUAUAAUUAUUACAUUGUUAUGGAAAUGUCUUGUCUAUACUUGUAUGGUAGAUGAUAUCUUAUCUUUCAUUGUAGUAUACACCCAAUUGCCACUAACCUUUGAACCAUUGAAAGGAAUCUUGGUGUGGUUUGGGCCAGGUACCUGCAACACGGUAGAAGCUGCGGCAACAUAUGUUGUAAAGGUUUAUUUUUCAGGUGGUGCCGUUAUUCCGUCCGCGCCCGCCCUCAACCCUGACCUCACUCAAGUCUAUAAAGACUUAUUAUUUUUAACCUCAGCUAGUUUUACCCUGGUACAUAAGUGAGUUUACUUAAAUAGCAUUCCCUACUUAAAGGGGAAUGAUGAUAGUAGUAGCCUAGAGUAGUAGUUUUCAUAUUUUAAUGAGUUUUAACCAGCAAUUUUCCCAGGAUCAAUUCAAGAAUCCUAUCUAGAGGGCAGCUAGGGCCAAGCUUGAGGGCAGGCCGGACCAGGACCAGUGUGUGGGUAUUGUAUAACUAGGGUCUUGUGGUCUGCCCCAGGGAGUGUGGGCAAAUGCCCGUGGCGGUCCUCAGCAGUACAAAGUGUCUCCCGUGCCCCGUGCAAUGGUCAUUAUUAUCAUUACUCUCGACGUCAGUUCACCACCCAGUCCUCACCCGACCACGCGGUAGCACACGCGUCUAGACAUUUAGUAAGGUUAGGAUUCAGUAAUAAAAUAUCAUUGCAGAUUACA